UGCAACAGAUGGUAAACAAAACAGAAAAACGGUCACAUUUUAAUCUUGUUUUUUAUGUUGCGGUAUAAACUGUCGGUGUGAGAACAAAUUUUAACAUUUAAAAAUUAAAAAAAAAACUUGUUGAAAGUGAUGGCCGCUUUGGACACAUUUCCCGAUCUACCACAAGCCGGAGAGAUAUCUAUCUGCGAACGCAAUGGUAGAAUUUGUUCACUACCGAUCAACGAAGUGGAUGCCUCCGGUUCUUCUAAUCAACUUUUAUCAUAUCCUGAAAUCAACAUCGGACGCGAACUCUUUCACCAUGCUGCUGUCCAUCUACGGGAAGACCAUCGGACGCUUAUGGUACCGGUCGACGAAACGCUAAUUAAACGUAUAACGCGCACUUUUUUCGAAGAAGGAGCCGUUGAAGCGCUCAAUGAAGCCGCUAACAAUGCUAGCCAUCAAUACAAUCCGAUAGUGGGGUCCCUUUCCCGUUACCUACUGACACUGAUCGGAGUCGGCAAUCGAGUCAAGUUUUUCUUCAAGCCACACCUGAAGGAGCAAGGCGUCGAUUGUGUUGGGAAAUACACGCAGACCAAGGACUGGGCAAAAAGUGCCAUUCGAUGCAUUCGUUGGCACCCAAACUGCUUUAAAGUGGCCAUUGCCGCGUCCGAUGAUAGCAUUAGAGUCUACAGCGAUGAUCCCACUAUUGUGCCUGUGCUCAAAAGUGGCCUACAGAAGUCGGUCACAUCGUUGGCUUGGCGGCCUUACACGGCCGGGGAAAUAGCUGUCGGGUGCCAAAAUGGGGCCCUGGUGUGGAACGUCGAUCCGAAUAGUUUAAUAACGAGACCUCUAUCACAAGCGGUGCAGCUAAGACAUGGAAACCAUUUCCCAGUUACGUCCGUGGAAUGGAGUCCAAACGGAUGCUUAUUGGCCACUGCCAGUAUCAAUGAUUCAAAUGUACUCAUCUGGGAUGCAGAUCAAAAUCGACAGGCCCCACUUCGUCGUGUAGGACCCCCAUGUGCAUUGCUUGCUUGGUCGCCAACUGGGUCCCGAUUGUGUUCCACUACAGUAUCAAACGUGUUUCGUGUUUGGCAAACCGACAAAUGGACACCGGACCGGUGGACGGUAAAUCACGGCACCAUUCAGUCGGCAACGUGGUCUCGAAGCGGAUCCCAUCUUCUAUUCGUGACGACUAAGGAUUGCUUCCUGUAUAAUUUGGGAUUCGUUGAAGAUGAAGUGUUCACCACUACGUUCACGCCAAAAGCUGCUCUACCUAUUGCUGACUUGUCAAAAAUUUCCAUCGGUCAAGCGGAGGUUGGCGGACGACCCCAGGCACUUGCAUGGUGUCCACAAAAUCAUUAUUUAGCAGUCACAUUCAAAGAAACUCCGGCAAUAGCCAUUUUCAACACGGUGGUCAAUCGCAGUCAAUUGAGCAUCACCCCAUCGUGCUUCAUCACUGGCAUUGGAAUUGAAAGUGCAUCCUGUAUAAGUUUCCAGGAGAAUCUCGGACGGCGAUCCAAUGACAAAAUGAAAACGGUACUGACUAUCGGUUGGUCUAGCGGUAGAAUACAAUAUUUCCCAUUUGUUUAAUGGCUUUCUUUCCUUAGAAUUAGCUACACAUUUUUGUUUAAUAAAGGGUUGCAUUUUUCAUGUAAAA